AUGGAAACAAGUUCGUACUGUACAUAUUUAAAAAAGAGGAAAUUAUAUUUUGGAUGGGUAAGUAAAUGUUAUCUCCCAAGAUCACAGAUGUCUUACUUCACUGGCACUAGUGUGGCGUAUCCUUACUUAUCGAAUUGUGUGUCAUCGAGUCCAUUUGAGCAAUAUGGUGGUGAGACAAGAUUGAAACCAAACGCAGUAACAUUACCGCAACAUGCAGCAAUAAAUACGGCGUACAAGAUAGAAACCACCUGCGGUGAAAAUAUUUUCCAGAGUCCCAAAUGUUCACAGAUCAACGCGACGUACCAACCAACAGAAUUUGAGACAACCCAAGGUCUUCUUACUAUUACUGAAGUUAAUGGUUCUAAUAUGCAGUACACCCCUGAGAAAAUUGAGAGUGAUAAUAAUUCGAGUAUAGAAACAAAAAGAAAACUUAACUUUUGCGACGCAAAACCUGUUCAAUCUUCGACUAAAAGGAGACGUCGAAAAAGAAGCGUCUCGGAGUCGGUUUUACAAACACGACGUACGAUAAACAAUGAGAGAGAACGACACCGGAUCCAGCGCAUGUCGGAAGCUUUUCGAAUUUUGCAGAACACUUUGCCAGAUGAAAUGAAGAAGAAAACAAUGAGAAAAAUUGACAUCUUGAAUGCAGCGAUGAAUUACAUUUCACAUUUGAAUUCUUGUCUGUGAUUGGUGCCAAACCUCGUACCCAGUGCGGCUAGAGUACGAAGAGGUCUAUUGUAAAUAUAUGUAUAUAUAAAGUUAUAAAUUAUAAUAUAUGAGUAUUUAUUGUUAAGUUUCAAUUAUAGCCUUAAAAUUAUGCUACAGUAAAUUGUCACUUUAAUUUUCGCGGGUAGAAAAAGUAAAGUAUUAGUCCCAUAAUUUGCGAAAAGAGCGAAAAUUAAUACCAUCAAAAAUUAGUAUCAUCAAGGUAUAUCGGCAAGACGUUAAGAGAUAAAACAAUGUAGGAACGAGGUUGUUUACAAGCCACCUUUUUAACCAAUGCGCGUAUUGGCAUGCGGCUACAAGUUAUUGCC